AUGGCUCUCACGAAAGUGAAGCUUGCCGUUCUUUCCUUUGCUUUUGCUUUCAGCAAUGUCGAUGCCUACUGGCGCAUGAGCUGUAGCACUGUCCAGACUGGACGUAUCGACCCGGUCGUGUCCCCUGGAAUGGUCUCCAGCCAUGUCCACAAACUCGUUGGAGCUUCAAAUAUUAAUAUAAGCUCCACCUACGACACGCUGAGGCAGGCUAGCUGCACAUCCUGCUCAGUCCAAGCAGACAAGUCCGCCUAUUGGACCCCGCUCCUUUACUAUCAACAUGCAGAUGGUACCUUUGAAGAGGUUUAUGCCGGCGGCAUGGCCAUCUACUACCUUGGCCGCGGAAACGCCACCACUGGUGCCACCCCAUUCCCUCCUGGCUUCCGAAUGCUCUCGGGCGACAUGUCUGCCCGCUCCUACGAUAACACAACCUUGACUUAUGGCAAUGUUCGUCCCGUUGCGGACCGUGUUUCUUUCGCUUGUCUCGAUGAUCAGGCCAUGGCCGAGCAACCUUAUAUGUUCCGCACCUCUUGUAAAUACGGCAUGCGCGCCCAGAUUCAUUUCCAGUCCUGCUGGAAUGGCAGAGACUUGUACCGCUCUGACAACAGCCACGUGGCCUACAUGUCAGACAUUGACAAUGGCGAGUGCCCGCCCACUCAUCCAGUUCAACUUGUUCAUCUCUUCUACGAAGUUCUCUAUUCUAUGGACAGCGUCACCCAGGACGGUGGCCGUUUCGUCUUCGCUCAAGGAGAUCCGACCGGCUAUGGCUUUCACGGUGAUUUCAUCAACGGCUGGGACCAAAAAACCAUCAAAAAUGCCACAAAAGAAUGCGCCUUUACCGAUAAUGAUGGGGACAUUUCUGACUGCCCUAUUCUUGCUGCAACCAAUGAUGACAAUGCCGCUUGGAAUUGCCCUGAGCAGCCGUCGAUCGUCGAGGAGCCGGUUUCGGGCAGAAUCAGCAAGCUUCCCGGCUGCAUCAAAGUCGACAACGGCCCAGCAAAUGCCCCCAUUGGUGACAUGGUCUGUGCUGCUGGUGUCCCACAACCUUCGUUGCGCCAGCCUUCCAAAGCCACCGGCACUGCUACCACGACUUUGCUUCCCACUCCUGGACAAUCUGUUAACAACUGGGCCUACGUCGGUUGCGCUACCGAUUCAUUUUCACCACGUUCCCUUUCUGGGACCAUGUAUACUAAUUCCACAGGCAUGACCACUGAAUCCUGCCAGAGUUUCUGCCUGACCAACGGUUAUAUCUAUGCCGGAACCGAGAAUGGACAAGAAUGUUGGUGUGAUAAUACCCUGAAUUCGGCCUCGACUCUUGGCCAGACUGACUGCGACCUAAACUGCGCCGGUAACGGCUAUGAGAAGUGCGGUGGAGCCUGGCGCCUCAGCGUGUGGAAGUCCGAAGUCUCCCAGCAUCUGAAGCGCUCAACCUCUGGAACUACGCUCUCAACUGUUAGGCUCUCCGCUCGGAGCACCAUCGGCGCCUGCACGCCAAUAACUCGUGGAACCCAGACGUCAGGUCCUUCGUCCAGCAAGAGCUCAGCUUCGUCCAGUUCGUCCAGCAAGGCCUCCGCUUCUUCCAGCAAGAGUUCCAGCAGCAGCAGCGCGCCUUCCUCUUCUCCUACCGGCGGGUCUGGUGGCGCAGUUUCGCUCGGCUGUUACAGUGAGGCAACCAACCAGCGAGCCCUGUCUGGCGCAUCAUACGUCGAUACCACUGACAUGACCAACGAGGCGUGCGAGAGCUACUGUAAAGGCAAGGGCUUCACAUAUGCUGGCACUGAGUAUAGUCAGGAAUGCUACUGCGGUAAUUCAUUCAAUGCCGGCUCCGUUGGCGGCCAGACUGGCUGUACCAUGGCCUGCACUGGCAACAAGAACGAGAUUUGUGGUGGACCUAAUCGUCUUACCGUCUGGAACGUUUCUGGCUCUGGGUCGGGCUCCAGCUCCAGCUCCUCGUCCACCAAGGCCUCCGCCACUUCCUCGCCCACUUCAUCCCCAAGCGGAGGCGCGGUCUCGCUCGGCUGCUACAGUGAGGCAACCAACCAGCGAGCCCUGUCUGGCGCAUCAUACGUCGAUACCACUGGCAUGACCAACGAGGCGUGCGAGAGCUACUGUAAAGGCAAGGGCUUCACAUAUGCCGGAACUGAGUAUAGUCAGGAAUGCUACUGCGGUAAUUCAUUCAAUGCCGGCUCCGUUGGCGGUCAGACUGGCUGCACCAUGGCCUGCACUGGCAACAAGAACGAGAUCUGCGGUGGACCUAACCGCCUCACCGUCUGGAGCGUUUCGGGCUCUGGUUCCGGCUCCGGCUCGAGCUCCAGCACCACAUCGAGCGCCCCAUCGAGCCCGACUGGCGUUGGAAGCUACCAGCUCAAGGGCUGCUACUCAGAGGGAACCACUGGCCGCGCUCUCGUUAGCAACUCGUACGUUGACACUACAGGCAUGACAGUCGAAUCGUGCAUUGCUUUCUGCCAGAAGUCCAAUUACCCGUAUGCAGGCGUGGAGUGGUCCCAGGAAUGCUACUGCGGCACGACCAUUUCCAAUGGUGCCGCCCCUGCUUCCUCGUCGGACUGCAACAUGGUUUGCACGGGAAAUAGCAAGGAGAUUUGCGGUGGCUCAAGCAGAAUCGACAUUUACUACAAUGGAUCGUGA